AUGGCGGAUCACCCCGAGGACGAGGAGUUGGAAUUAACAUACGAAGUCGAAGAUGACGGAGACGCGUUAAAAGCAGGAGAAGGCGAAGCUCAUAACGAGGACGAAGAGCGGAAAGGUAGUGCUGGCGGCGGAGCAGCCGGAAGCGGCGGCAACGGCGACGGCGAGAACGUUAGUGGCGGCGGCAGCGGAGGCGACAGCGGUGAUGGCGGAGACCGAGGAGGCCAGGGGGGAGUUGAAGGGGCGAUCGCGCACAACGCGCAACCGGGAGGUAAUGCGCAAGAGCCGGCGGGGCAAGGGGGAAGCGUAGGCGGAACCUCAGGCGCGGACGGGAGUUCCUCCCAGGCGCAUCGUCCCGCGCAGGGCAUGGCGGGGCAAGCAGCAAGCGGAGGCGGAAACUCCGGCACGCAGCAGCAGCACGGCGGGGGAAUGGGUGGAAAACCUGGGCAGAUGGCGCAAGGGGAAGGGCAGGGGGGUGGAGGGUUUCAGGGUCAAGGGGGAAUGGGUGGGAUGGGGCAAGGCGGGAUGGGGCAAGGUGGGAUGGGGCAGGGCGGAAUGGGGCCUGGCGGAGGGGGAAUGGGGGCCAUGGGCGCAGGAAUGGGUGGGGGGCAAGUUGGACCCGGCGGAAUGGGCUCAGGCGGAAUGGGGCAGGGGGGAGGCGGAAUGGGACAAGGUGGAGGCGGAAUGGGGCAGGGGGGAAUGGGAAUGGGUCCUGGCGGAGGAGGAGGCGGCGGAGGCGGCGGCGGGGGAGGCAUGGGCGGAGGGGGAGGCGGAGGGGGAGGGGGGUUUGAGGGGUUGGCGGUGUUUGUGGGGGACCUGCACUGGUGGACGACAGACGCGGACAUAGAGGCGGGGGCGUCUGAGUUCGGCAAAGUGGUGGGGGUGAAGUUCUUUGAAGAAAAAGCCACUGGGCGGUCUAAGGGGUACUGUCAGGUUGAUUUCGCAGAUGCAGCAGCGGCACGUGCUUGUAAAGAGAACAUGGCUGGGCGGCUCUUCAAUGGCCGCCCCUGUAUAGUCACACCUGCCACCCCCCAAACCCUAAGGCACCUUGCUAUGGCUUCCGCCCAACCUGGCCCCCACAUGGGCCCCAUGGGGGGAGGUCCCGGGGGGAUGGGGGGAGGAAUGGGCGGAAUGGGGGGAGGCAUGGGCGGUGGCAUGGGGGGGAUGGGCGGGCCGGGGGGGAUGGGGGGAAUGGGGCCUAUGGGUGGAGGAAGAGGAGGUGGGGGUGGGGGGAUGGGGAACUUUCCUGGAAGGGGUGGAGGGCCGAUGGGGGGCCCGAUGGGAAUGGGGGGAAUGGGGCCAGGUAUGGGGGGUAUGGGGGGAGGGAUGGGGGGAGGUAUGGGAGGAGGAAUGGGGGGAGGAAUGGGGGGAGGAAUGGGAGGAGGGAUGGGAGGGGGGAUGGGAGGGGGGAUGGGGGGAGGGAUGGGGGGGGGUAUGGUGGGUCCCAUGGGUGGUAUGGGCAUGGGAGGGGGGAUGGGGGCAGGAGGGGGCCCAAUGGGUGGGGGAGGGCCAAUGGGGGGAGGAAUGGGAGGAGGCAUGGGAGGAGGCAUGGGGGGAGGCAUGGGGGGAGGCAUGGGGGGAAGCAUGGGGGGAGGCAUGGGCGGAGCGGGCCCUAUGGGGGGAGGUUCUGGGCCAGGGAGAGGCUUUGGGCGCGGGGGCAUGAUGCCUGGGCGGGGCAUGGGGAUGGGGGGAAGAGGAGGGGUAGAUGGGGGAAGAGGGGGGAGAGGCGGGGCAGGUGGGGACUGGGGUGGAGGAAUGGGGGGAGGAGGGGGCAUGGGAAGAGGGGGAGGGGGAAGGGGAGCUGGUACAGGGGGAAUGCCCUUCCCCGGAGGCCCCCCUAUGGGGGGAGGUGGGGGGUUCGACCCAUCAAUUGGCCCUGGGGGAAUGGGGGCAGGAGGGGGGACUGUGGCAGGGGGAGGGGGAGGAGGGGGAAGAGGUUUUGUUGGUCCGCCAGGGGGAGGGGGGGGCUUCCCCAGGGGAGGCCCUGGUGCCACAGGAAGCGGGGAUUAUUUCGAAGGGGAGGGAGGUGCCAGCUCGCACAGAGGAGGGGGUGGGAAAAGAGGCGAGAAUGCGGAGGAAGGAGGGAAUGAAUAA